AUGGAGGGCCUCCCGAUGAACACGCUGACGGUGACCCUGUCGGGUCUGUCAACCAUCGGCAAGACCUUCCUCAAGCACUACGUCCACCGCAAGAGGAUCACCAAGCAGACUAAAGCGAGGGAGAGCUUGACCUACGACGAGGCGUUUAGCGUCAUGAAGAACUUUUUCGAGAACGCCUCGAUGCACACAGUCGAAGACGUCCAACGGUUCGGCAACAAUUUCGUCCCGGCACCUUUCUGGGUUCGCGUGAUUCGCGUUGUUAUUCCGCUGUCGACCCGUCUCGAGGCUGGAAAAGUCUUGAUCGACACACUUGGCGAGGAUGAGAUUGAGCGCGUCGUCGGCGGAAGGGAAUGGUGGCAGCGGACGACGCACAAGGAGGGCGGCGUCGACGGAGAAUGGAUCAGCAUGAAGCGGGAUUGGGAGGGUCUUGAAGCGGAGAGCCGGGCUCGCUCAAAGGGGAAGGGGAAGGACAAAGCCCGGUCGAGGCGGAAGAAGGACGACGAGGCUGAGGAGAAGACGAAGCAGUUGAAGGAGGACGCCAAGGUCGAGAACCGGCGGCGGCGAGAGUUGGGGAAGGCUCGCAAGGCAUUCCCGCCGUCUUGGACGACCGCGUCCUCGUCUACGGCUCAGUCGACGACAGACCUCGAGAAGCAGGCCGAGGACGAAGCUGCAGCCCGUCAACGCGCGGCAGACGGUUCUCCUUCCGAUUCGCCCAAACAGCCGCCACGCGCGCCUCUCGACUCAGAGGCUUCCUCUUGUCACCACGAAGACGCCGACUACACCGCCGAGCUCGACGACAUGCCGGUCAUGCUCGCUAUUCAUGGCGGUGGCUACUUUUUCGGCAGCAUCAACACGCAUCGCUACAUCUACUGGCGGCUAGCGAGAAAGACGGGCGGUCGCGUCUUCGCAGUCGAGUAUCGACUUUCGCCUCAGUAUCCCUUUCCCUGCUCUCUACACGACUGCCUCGCUGCCUACCUCUACCUCAUCCGCCCGCCACCAGGCGCAAAACAUCGCCCUGUCGACCCGUCAAAGAUUACCAUCUGCGGCGACUCGGCAGGCGGUGGACUCGCUAUCGCUCUCUUGUGUCUUCUCCGUGAUGGUGGGCUGCCGAUGCCUGCGGGAGGCAUCCUCAUCUCGCCAUGGUGCGACCUUACCCACAGCUUCCCCUCUAUCUUGCAAAACACCGACACCGAUAUCCCUCCUCCCUUCGGCUUCGGCAUCUUCAAGCCGUCGACGCUGUGGCCGCCUCCGCCCGCCGAGUUCCGCAAGCGAGCCGACGAGUCGACGUCUCUACAAGGCCUCAAGAAGGCUGCUCACCACCUCCAGCACUCCGGCUCUCGAGGUUCCAGUGAACCGCACACGACGACGAGCAAAAAGCAGGAGAAGUCAGAGCGUCACGGCCACCGUUUCCCAACGCUCUCGACUCACCACAAGGCGCACGAACUCGCCGACGCCGUCGAGCGCCUGCCCGAUAACGACCCGAAGCGGGCGGAGCAGCACAAUGGCGAUGCUUCGGCUCCGUCGGACGAGACGGGAGCUUCGGGACAGCACAAGACAGAGGUCUCGAAGGUGAUGAAGGUCAAGGUCGACGGCAAGGAAGUCGAGCUCGUUGACCAGAUCCAGCUGUACGCGACGAACGAGCAGCUGGUCUAUCCUUUCGUCAGCCCCAUCUGGCAACCUUCACUCGGCGGUCUUCCGCCGCUAUACGUGAUGGCGGGCGACAAGGAGGUCUUGCGGGACGAGAUCAUCUACAUGGCGCAUCGCGCAGCUCACCCCGACCGCUACCCUGUUCGAGAGGGCAUCCUCAAGCAGAACCCCGAUCGAGUCCAGAAAUCGAAGGACUACCCGCCCACCAAGGUCCACCUCCAGCUCUACGACGAAGUCUGCCACGACCUUCCCCUCUUCUCCUUUACAACUCCCGCCAAGUACUGCUUUCGCGCCAUGGCCAGCUUCGCUAAGUGGGUCACGACGCCGUCGGACCAGCAACCCUCCGCCGUCUCGCCGUCCGGCAUGACGCUCCCUCUCGAGCGCGAUCCUCUGCAUCCGGAUUCUGCCUUCCUUCGUCCACCCGACGCAGACGGCAGCAGCACCCUCAACGGCAGCGCGGCCUCAAUACGCAUGUCUCGUACCGAUGCCGGCGGCAGCCAGUCCGCACCGACGACUUCCGCUCCCUCCGUCAGCUCUGUUCCUCUGCCUGGCAAGAAGGCGAAGAAGCGCUCGGCUCCUCCCGCCGUCGACCUCGAGAAGACGAUCUACUCGUCGACGCAGCCGUUCAACCGGCCUGAAUACAUCGACAACAUGAUCCGCGAGCGGAUCUCGACCACGGGCGUCGUCAGGCCUAUGGAGCCAGAGGAGCAGAUGAGCAUGCUCAAGGUCGACAAGGAGGACGUUGGGCUGAUCAAGGAGGCGCCGGUCAAGCGAUACCUUGCUGGCAAGGCUAUUCUCGAGCGCAAAUUCCGCCGAACGUACAAGAGCGUGCAGAAGGAGCGAGAACGGCACCUCAAAAAGUCGAUGCGCGAAGAAGCUGCGCGCAUCACCAAGCGGGCGAAGGAACUCGCCAAGCAGAACUCGGGUCAAGGCUCGAACAGCCCUUCGUCCCGCCCGAACCCAGACGCGGUCGAUCCUGCUUGCCCACCCCGAACAGAGUCGCCCGAGCCGCUCAACGGAGAGCCUGAGUCUGCUUUCGCUGGUCUCGGUGGGGCGUGGGAUCUGCAUGGCGAGAAUCCGCCGCCGUCGAGUUUGGCGGGACGGAAGGACACGCUCGAGGCCCGCAAGCUCGCCAAAGUGCUCGACGAGCACUACAGUCGCGUUUCCGCAUUGCACCUCUGGACCGGCUUCCAAGACGUCCUCGGAGGCGCACCACGCCAGGAAUCGCAGGACACCGACGCAAACGCGCCGCCAAUCUCUGUACAGCUCGGCGCAUCGUCGCGACCGACUUAG